AGCUGGGGUUAGCUUAGUCGGCCGGGGGUCGGCGGGGCGCGGAUCGCGGCUUCGGGAUGACCGACGGCACGUGUCUGCGUCGUCGUCGAGGGGGGCCUUAUAAGACCGAGCCCGCCACUGACCUGGGCCGCUGGCGGCUCCGCAAUGAGCUGGGCCGGCAGACGUGGACGUACUUCCCGGGGGAGGAGGACGCCGGUCGGGACCAGACCGCGCUGGAGGCCCACUCCUUGGGACUGGACACCAGGAAUUACUUUAAAGACUUUCCCAAAGCUCAAACAGCCCGUGAGGCCGCUCUGAAUGGAGUAACGUUUUAUGUGAGGCUACAGGCUGAAGAUGGGCACUGGGCAGGUGAUUACGGUGGCCCACUCUUCCUUCUGCCAGGGCUCCUGAUUACGUGCCACGUGGCACACAUCCCCCUACCGGCUGGAUACAGAGAGGAGAUGGUGCGGUACCUGCGGUCUGUGCAGCUCCCGGAUGGCGGCUGGGGCUUGCACGUUGAAGACGAGUCCACGGUAUUUGGGACUGCACUCAACUAUGUGGCUCUCAGAAUCCUGGGUAUUGGUCCUGACGAUCCUGACCUGGUUCGGGCUCGGAACAUCCUUCACAAGAAAGGUGGUGCAGUCGCCAUCCCCUCUUGGGGGAAGUUCUGGCUUGCUAUCCUGAAUGUUUACAGCUGGGAAGGCCUGAACACCCUAUUCCCUGAGAUGUGGCUGUUUCCCAGCUGGGUGCCUGCACACCCCUCCACUCUCUGGUGCCACUGCCGGCAGGUCUACCUGCCAAUGAGCUACUGCUAUGCCACCAGAUUGAGCGCCUCAGAGGACCCGCUAGUUCAAAGCCUCCGCCAGGAGCUCUAUGUGGAAGACUAUUCCAGCAUCAACUGGCCAUCACAGAGGAAUAAUGUGUCUCCAGGUGACAUGUACACACCUCAUAGCUGGCUUCUGCGUGUGGUGUAUGGACUUCUCAACCUGUACGAGCGCUUCCAUAGUACCACCUUGCGGCAGCAGGCUGUCCAGACCCUGUAUGAGCAUAUUGUUGCUGAUGACCGGUUCACCAAGAGCAUUAGCAUCGGCCCGAUCUCGAAAACCAUCAAUAUGCUUGUGCGCUGGGCUGUGGAUGGGCCGGCCUCUUCUGCUUUCCAGGAGCACAUCUCCAGGAUCCCCGAUUACCUUUGGCUGGGCCUUGAUGGCAUGAAAAUGCAGGGCACCAACGGCUCACAGAUCUGGGAUACCUCGUUUGCCAUCCAAGCUAUGCUGGAGGCAGGUGCACACCAUAGGCCCGAGUUUUUGUCCUGCCUGCAGAAGGCACAUGAAUUCCUGCGGCUUUCACAGGUCCCAGACAACCCUCCCAGCUAUCAGAAAUACUACCGCCAGAUGAAUAAGGGUGGCUUCCCCUUCAGUACACUGGAUUGUGGCUGGAUUGUUGCUGACUGCACCGCUGAGGCCUUGAAGUCUGUGCUGCUCUUGCAGGAGAAAUGUCCCUCUAUCACUGAGCAUAUCCCCCGAGAACGACUCUGUGAUGCCGUGGCUGUGUUGUUGAACAUGAGGAACACUGAUGGAGGAUUUGCCACAUAUGAAACCAAACGUGGGGGGUACUUGCUGGAGCUACUGAACCCCUCAGAAGUCUUCGGGGACAUCAUGAUUGACUACACAUAUGUGGAGUGCACCUCAGCAGUGAUGCAGGCACUGAGACACUUUCAUGAGUACUGCCCGGACCACAGAGCAGCAGAGAUCAGAGAGACCCUCAAGCAAGGCCUGGAGUUCUGCCGGCAGAAGCAGAGGACUGAUGGCUCCUGGGAGGGCUCAUGGGGGGUUUGCUUCACCUAUGGCACUUGGUUUGGUCUGGAAGCUUUCGCCUGCAUGGGGCACACCUACCAAGAUGGGGCUGCUUGUGCAGAGGUCUCCCGGGCCUGCAACUUCCUCCUGUCCCGACAGAUGGCAGAUGGGGGCUGGGGAGAGAACUUUGAAUCCUGUACGCAGCAGUGUUACGUGCAGAGCGCCCAGUCCCAGGUCCACAACACGUGCUGGGCCCUCAUGGGGCUGAUGGCUGUCAGGCAUCCUGACGUUGCGGCUCAGGAGAGAGGGGUCAGGUGUUUGCUUGAGAAGCAGCUCCCCAACGGUGACUGGCCUCAGGAUAACAUCUCUGGGGUCUUCAACAAGUCCUGCUCCAUCAGCUACACAAGCUACAGGAAUGUCUUUCCCAUCUGGACCCUGGGUCGCUUCUCCAACCUGUACCCUGAGAGAGCUCUGGCUGGCCACCCUUGAGUGUGCCUGCCUGUGAUAGUGGCUGGAGGCUAGGUCUAGGCAAGAUUGUGAGGGGUCUUGGCUGGGUGGGGUCACCCUGGAACUCACCCUUAGAGUCCAGCCCCUCAGAUCCAAGGCAGGGUCAGGGGCAUUAGGCACUUUUGUCAGCAUAGGUUUAGUUCUGAGAAUAGCUUGGGUGGUAUCUGAAGAGGGGGUACUGGUUAUCGUGCAGCUCCUAGGCACAGAUCUUUCCCAAGGGAGUGAGACUGGACUGGGGGAUUUUCUUGACCGAUUAUUGAGUGUUUGGAGGACACCAGUAGCACUUUCUGCCUCGUGCUGUUGCUGAAUGGGCCCUGGGCCAGGCUUUCCCCAGGCCAGCUGUUCUGCAUCUUCUGCUUGCUGGGCAUUGGGGAAGGUAGAGGAAUCCACGAUGAUGGCAUGUAUAGUGAGAAGCCCUGAGGAGAGUGGCCCUUGCUCACGGUGCCCAUCAUGGCAGCAGCUAUCCCUGGGAACUCCCAACCAUGACCAGAUCACUGUAAUGACAUCGAUUUUUCAAAAAGGAAAUGCAGAUCCAUUUUAUAUUAAAAAUAUAAUUAACCAAAUGUAAAUAAAUUAAAAGAAGUCAUUUACAUGACCAGUUUCCUUAAUAAACAGCCAUUUA